AUGCACUUCGUCGCCAGCCUCGUCGCCGUCGGCUCCGCCGUCUCUCUGGCCUCUGCCGGCAGUAUUGGCUUCGAGUUCCCCGCCUCGGUCCCCCUCUCCAAGCGUCAAACGUCUGGUCCUGCCUAUGAAUGCCACGCCAACUGCGGCUACGCCAUUCAGGACUCGGCCAAGGAAGGCUACUGCUCGGAUGCCAAGUGGAAGAGCCUCCUCAGCAAUUGCCUCGACUGCGCCCUGACCUACGACAUUUGGAAGCACUACGGCACCAAGGUCGGCGCCGCUGCUGAAAAGUGCGGUUUCGAGUCCACCCCCAAGCCUUCUGGCGGCGCCGGCAGUGCCGCUCCCUCGGAGCCUGCCAAGACUGACGCUUCUGCCCCGGCCUCGUCUGCUCCUGCAUCUUCGGCCCCCGCCUCUUCCGCCCCGGCUACCCAGUCUUCUGCCGCCAGCCAGCCCUCUGCUCCCGGCCAGACCUCGCAGUCGGCCACUGCCCCUCAGACCACCGCCUCCCAGGCCACCGGCUCGUCCCAGGUGCACUCUACCUCGGCCGCCACCACCACCGCCAAGCCUACCGCCAGCGCUUCUCACACUGCCGGUAACAACACCACCAGCACCCAGAUCCAGGUCGGCGCUGCCAACAUGCAGAAGCCUGCCAUGCUUGCUGCUGGUGCCGUCGCCCUCUUUGCUGUCAACAUGAUCUAA